GAGGAUCAGGAUACACCCAGCCCCUAUUAGGUGAUCUAACAGAUCCCUAGAUCAUCACCUCUCUUGACCCAGUUCUACCCCAUCUGCUCCACUUUCUAGAUCAGUCACCCCCACCGCCCCAGAGUCUUCCCCACCCCGGGGCGUGUCACUUCCUCCUCUGCAGCCUCCCCGAGCAGUACACAAAGGCUGCCGCUGCCCUGGAGGAAAGGCUGCCCUCUCGCACCUAUCAUGGUGGCUUUGUCAAUGGUUCUUGUUUUCCUGCUGAUUCUGAGCACUAGUAAGAGUGAAUUGGACGUGAAGAUCUCAUCCCCAGGGGAGGCCACAGAAUGGGGUGAUCCUGAUCUGUCCCUGCCGGGAUCCUGCCAGCCAGCCCCAUCCUGCAAGAAGUGCAUCCUCUCACAUCCAAGCUGUGCAUGGUGCAAGCAACUGAACUUCACAGCGUCCGGGGAGGCGGAGGAGCGGCGCUGCGCCUCGCGGGAGGAGCUGCUGGCUCGGGGCUGCCCCCCAGGGGAGCUGGAGGAGCCCCGCGGCCAGCAGGAGGUGCUGCAGGACCAGCCGCUCAGCCAGGGCUCCCGAGGCGGCGAGGGGGCCAUUCAGCUGGCGCCGCAGCGGGUGCGGGUCACGCUGCGCCCCGGGGAGCCCCAGCAGCUGCAGGUCCGCUUCCUCCGCGCCGAGGGGUACCCUGUGGACCUGUACUACCUGAUGGACCUGAGCUACUCCAUGAAGGACGACCUGGAGUUCGUGCGCCAGCUAGGGCACGCGCUGCUGGUGCGGCUGCAGGAGGUCACCCAGUCUGUGCGCAUCGGCUUCGGCUCCUUUGUGGACAAAACGGUCCUGCCCUUCGUGAGCACAGUGCCCUCCAAGCUUCGCCAUCCCUGCCCCACCCGCCUGGAGCGCUGCCAGCCCCCCUUCAGCUUUCAUCACGUGCUGUCCCUGACGGGGGACGCCAAGGCCUUCGAGCGGGAGGUGGGGCGCCAGAGUGUGUCUGGCAACCUGGACUCACCAGAAGGUGGCUUCGAUGCCAUUCUACAGGCUGCACUCUGCCAGGAGCAGAUUGGCUGGAGAAAUGUGUCUCGGCUGCUGGUGUUCACUUCAGAUGACACGUUCCACACAGCUGGGGAUGGAAAGUUGGGUGGCAUUUUCAUGCCCAGUGAUGGGCACUGCCACUUGGACAGCAAUGGCCUCUACAGUCGAAGCCCAGAGUUUGACUACCCCUCCGUGGGCCAGGUAGCCCAGGCUCUCUCUGCAGCAAACAUCCAGCCCAUUUUUGCUGUCACCAGUGCCACACUGCCCGUCUACCAGGAGCUGAGUAAGCUGAUCCCUAAGUCCGCAGUGGGGGAGCUGAGUGAGAACUCCAGCAACGUGGUACAGCUCAUCAUGGACGCUUAUAAUAGUCUGUCAUCCACUGUGACCCUCGAACACUCUCCACUCCCUCCGGGGAUCCACAUCUCUUACCAAUCUCAGUGUGGGGGUCAUGAGAAGAGGGCUGGUGAGCCUGGGGACCGGGGCCAGUGCAACCAUGUCAGAAUCAACCAGACGGUAAAUUUUUUGGUUACUUUCCAAGCUACCCGGUGUCUCUCAGAGCCCCAUCUCCUGAGGUUCCGAGCUCUUGGCUUCUCAGAGGAGCUGACUGUGGAGUUGCACACACUGUGUGAUUGCAACUGCAAUGACACCCAGCUCCAAGCGCCCCACUGCAGUGACGGCCAUGGGCACCUACAAUGCGGGGUGUGCAGCUUCCCCGACAUGCUGAGACCUCCCCCUCACCAGGACGCACUCUGCUCUUCCACUCCUUGCUGUAACCCAGGUCGCCUCGGUCGACUCUGUGAGUGCUCUGAGGCUGAGCUGUCCUCCCCAGAUCUGGAAUCUGGGUGCCGGGGCCCCAAUGGGACAGGGCCCCUGUGCAGUGGGAAAGGACGAUGCCAGUGUGGACGCUGCAGCUGCACUGGACAGAGCUCUGGGCGCCUGUGCGAGUGUGAUGAUGCCAGCUGUGAGCGACAUGAGGGCAUCCUCUGUGGAGGCUUUGGCCUCUGCCAAUGUGGCGUGUGUCACUGUCACGCCAAUCGCACGGGCAGAGCGUGUGAGUGCAGUGGGGACACGGAUGGCUGUGUCAGUCCCGAGGGAAGCUUCUGCAGUGGGCAUGGACAUUGCAAAUGCAACCGCUGCCAGUGCUUGGACGGCUACUUCGGUGCCCUAUGUGAUCAGUGCCCAGGCUGCAAGACGCCAUGCGAGAGACACAGGGACUGUGCAGAGUGUGGGGCCUUUGGGACCGGUCUCCUGGCCACCAACUGCAGCAUGGCUUGUGCCCAUACCAACGUGACUCUGGCUUUGGCCCCUGUGCUGGAUGAUGGCUGGUGCAAAGAGAGGACCCUGGACAACCAGCUGUUCUUCUUCCUGGUGGAGGAGGAAACCGGAGGCAGGGUCAUGCUGAGAGUGAGACCCCAAGAGAAGGGAGCAGACCAUACCCAGGCCAUCGUGCUAGGCUGUGUGGGGGGCAUUGUGGCAGUAGGACUGGGGCUGGUCCUGGCCUACCGGCUCUCAGUGGAAAUCUAUGACCGCCGAGAAUACAUUCGCUUUGAGAAGGAGCGGCAGCAGCUCAGCUGGAAGCAGAAGCACCGAGGAAUUAAAGCUUGGCAUCUCCUGGCAGAGAGCUCGGGCCACCCGACCCCCAGGUGCCACAAUGGCUUCCAGCUCCGUACCUGACUGGAGUACCUCAGCACAUCAGAGCUACCUGUCCGCUCUCCGUUCUCGGCCUGCUUGCUGGCCAUCUGGCUCAGCAUCAUCUUCUUGCUGGCUGGAGUGGGAACCAAACUCACACCUGCUAGGCCUUCACAAGCCAGGAGACUUGCCUAAGUUGAAAGGAGAUGAGGUGUCAGGUCACCUGGCAGGGCAAAAACAGGCUGCCACUCUCUACAGAACUACCUUUUACUCCUACGAACAAACUGCUUCUCUCUAAGGAAUGCCCCUCCUCACUGCAAAACCCUGCUUCCUUCAAGAGUCCUCCCCGGCUCAUCUCACCUGGAAUUACUUAUUUUGUCAUCCAUCAUUUAGACAUAAUAAUCAAGUAUUAUUGACACUUUUAUCAUUAGCACUGCGCUAGGUACAAAGCAGUAUGUGCUACAUAUUACUCUGAAGUGUUUCUGGGCCUUGGAAGUGGCCAUAAGAGUCUGUCGUGCUGAACCACUGAAAUGCGAGAUUUCUAGAGGAACUUCCUCCUCCUCUCAAUAGCACUCAGCCUCACAGACCCCACUGGCGCCAAAUAUAUAUCCUAUCAGGUUCCACAAAUGUUUAUCGAUAAAAUUAGGUUAUUUCUCUCUUUAGAUUUUUAAAUCCCUUAAGUGUACCAAUUAUAUCAGACAUAAAAAUUAAACCAUUUGGAAGGAUUUGGGAGUUGAAUAUACAAUUUCUGUUCACACACUACCAGGCCAUUUAUGUGUGCGCAUACCCAUAUUUUUUUUCACAUUCCUUGCUCGACGUAUAGAUUUUAAAAUUACAUAAGCAAGGAAUGUUUAAGGAAAUGUCCUCUUUUCACUGUUACAUUCUUUAAAUUGACUGUUUAGCCAGCACUAGAGACUAUACUUUUCUUACUGAAGAAACUUUUAAGUAGUAGUUGGUCAGCAAACUUCCACAAGUGUGACUUAUAAAGAGAUUCCUUUUAGAUGAUCAGUAUAUCCUGGAACCCCUUCUUUCACCUUCAAAGAGUUUGGACUAAAGGAUCUGGAGGUAAAAAAACAAACAAACAAAUACGCAACAACUUAGCCUUGCUGUUUGCAUCAUAUAAUCUUGGGCAAAUUACUUCACCUCUAUUAAGCCUAAGUUUCCUUAAGUGCAAAAUAUUCAUCAUAGCAUCUGCCUUCGCAGGGUUAAGAAUUAAACUAGGAUGUAAAACGCUCAGCCAUGCCCCGUGCAAAGUUAGUGAAAGGCAGUCUUCUCAGAACAAGAGUGAACAUGAUGCUGUGAAGGGGGUUGCAAACAGACAAAGGAAGAAACUCAAGGGCUCCUACUCUGUGUGGAGAGGAGGCGGCUAUGCAUGCAGCCGGAGGAAAGCCAAUUACACUGCAAUCAGACUGUCAUCCGGGUGAGACUGGUAGGGGAGGGUCCCUGGAAGAAAACUGAGAGAGGCUAUAGAGGUUCCCUGCACAUAGCUUUCCUCCCCAGACGAAGGAAAUAUACCAACAAUAGACUAUCAGGUCAUCCUCUCUCUCCAAUCCAUCCUGUGUCCUCACAAUGAUAAUUACCUUCUAACUACAGUGAUGUCACUCCGCUCUUUAACAUUCUUCAGAGUUCCCAGUCUUUACAGAAUAAAGUCUAAUUUCUUAGCAAGGCAUAAAAGACACUCUGCUUAAUUCUCCAGGAAACAACUCCCUCACCCCAAUUUUUCCAUCCAUUACUCUCUAUUCUACACCCCUCCCCCCUUCCCCAUUUAAACCCUUUCCUCAACUAGCAAACUAUCUGUAGCACCCCCAACCUCAUCACAUCAUCCCAUACCUCUACGUCUCUGCCCAUGAAGUUCUCCUUGUCUGAAUGCCCUGUUCUGAUUAUUUAGCAAAAUCCUAUGCAUCCUUCAAGAUUCAUCUUCUUUUUCCAUCCGGCAGAGGAUGUAUCCUUCUCUCUUCUGCAGUACACGUAUCUCAAUUAUUGCACAUUCCUUCAGUCAACAGAUUCACGGAUUCUCUACUAUUAGCCACUAUGCAAGGCAGUGUGAACAUAAAGAUAUAUAAGGGACUGUCUCUCAGUCUUUCCCCCCCCCCUCCCCAACACACCUAGCCUAGAAGCUUGCUGGGGACUGAGACAUCUUAUUCAUUUUUGUAUCCCCAUCCCCGGCACAAUGCCUUGCAUCUAACAAGAGCUCAAUAAAUUCCCAUUGAAAACAAAACAAAGGAAGCAUUCACACCACUGUUUACUCCCUCGUGCCCCUCAGCAGCACUUAAAUGUACCAAGUGUAAACUGAGUACCUGUUGCUUUACAAAGGUCCCAUCAGUGCCUGAGAUGCAGUAUAGCCUACCUCCUUCAUUUGACUGGAAACUCCCUGAAGGCAGGGGCUGUGGCCUGUCUCCUUUCCUUCCUCUAGAUCUCCCCCUGGUGCUUAAUACAGAGCUUGGCUCACUGGGUUGGUCAAUGUGUUGACUAAGGCAGCGUUUAAGAGUGAAACUGCGAACGCGCUUCCCAGUUAUCUUGAAGGUGGAGGAUUCUAGAGCUUUUUACCUGAGCCAUGCCGAUUUCUCAAUGCAACCCCAAAGUUCUGGGUUUUCUUGAUCCACCUUUUCCUCAAGACACAGUUGUUUGAAGAACUGUCACCAAACCACUGUAACAUCAACUCCUUCAUGUCCGUUUAGUCCUGCUGCCAUACUGAACUGCCUUUGUCGUCAAAUAAAACUCAGUGUCCUCCAAACGGAAGAUAGAUGUUUCAAGAAUUCCUGGGUUCUGCCGGGCUCCUGCCUAUUGUCUGA